UUUCCUUAUGUCAAUGUACUUUUCUCUCCUCUCUCCUCUCUCAUAGGUUAUGAAGGCAUCUCUUUCCAUGUCUGCAUAACUUUCGAUCCUCUUUCACUGCUCCUAAAAAAAAGUGCAAUGAAAAUAAGGGGCUGAGGGCGUUUACUGAGUAGUAUAUUCCCUUUCUUAAGUGUAUAGAAUGAUAGCUCAAAGAGUAUGUCGCCUGUCUCUUAGGACCCAUGUUUUUUCUUUAAAUCAACAACCUUCUCUUUCUCUCUCUACUUUCAGAUGGUCUCUUAAAACCAGUAAAUCAAUCGGCUUUUAUGGAAAUUGGGGAAUUUCAUUGAGAAAAGGUGCAAAACCCGUGAACCCAAUGAGUUGCAGGCUUCAUAGGCUUGCGCCAGCUGCUGCUUUUGAAGAUGGGGGAGGAGGACCAAAUGGGUCAGUGAAUUCUUCACCUGAUGAUGGAGAAUCUUCAUUGGAUGGUGGCUACCAGCUUCCUCCACCUGAUAUCAGAUGCAUAGUUGAUUCACCCCCACUACCUGCACUGUCAUUUUCACCCAAGCGAGAUAAGAUGCUAUUCCUUAAGCGAAGGGCUUUACCCCCAUUGGCUGACCUUGCAAGACCAGAGGAAAAACUUGCAGGGAUACGCAUUGAUGGGAAUUGUAAUACGAGGAGUCGUAUGUCAUUCCACACUGGUAUUGGAAUCCAUUCUUUAAUGGAUGAUGGUACUCUAGGACCAGAGAAAGCGGUUCAUGGCUUUCCUGACGGUGCAAAACUCAACUUUGUAAGCUGGUCACGUGAUGGCCAGCAUCUGUCCUUCACCAUUCGAUGUGAUGAGGGAGACAAUGGGGAUAAUGGCAGCAGCAAAUUGGAUGUGUGGGUUGCGGAUGUAGAAACUGGAAAGGCCAGGCCCUUGUUUCAGUCACCUGACAUUCACCUGAAUGCAAUAUUUGACAACUUUGUUUGGGUUAAUGAUUCCACAUUACUUGUUUGCACUAUCCCUCGUUCACGUGGAGCAACUCCGAAGAAGCCACUGGUUCCACCUGGGCCAAAAAUUCAGUCUAAUGAGCAAAAGGAUGUAGUCCAAGUUAGAACUUAUCAGGAUUUGUUGAAAGAUGAAUAUGAUGAAAUUUUAUUGGAUUACUAUGCGACCUCCCAAUUGAUGCUAGCUUCCUUGGAUGGAACACAUAAAGAGAUUGGUCCUCCAGCUGUUUACACAUCAAUUGAUCCCUCACCAGAUAAAAAAUAUUUAAUGAUAUCCUCCAUUCACAGGCCUUACUCAUAUAUUGUACCUUGUGGAAGGUUUCCCAAAAAGGUUGAUCUAUGGACUGCUGACGGAAAAUUUGUUAGAGAAAUGUGUGAUUUACCUCUUGCAGAAGAUAUACCUAUAGCUUUCAAUAGUGUACGGAGAGGAAUGCGUUCCAUCAAUUGGCGGCCAGAUAAACCUUCAACGCUUUAUUGGGUAGAAACACAAGAUGGUGGAGAUGCAAAGGUAGAAGUUUCUCCACGUGAUAUAAUUUAUACACAAUCUGCGGAGCCACAAGAAGAAGAAAAGCCUGAAAUUCUUCAUAAACUUGAUCUUCGCUAUGGUGGUAUCUCAUGGGGUGAUGUUUCCUUGGCCCUAGUUUAUGAGUCCUGGUACAAAACACGCAAGACACGAACAUGGGUUAUAUCCCCAGGCAAUAAAGAAGUCAGUCCACGUAUACUAUUCGAUAGGUCAUCUGAAGAUGUUUAUUCCGACCCUGGUUCUCCAAUGCUUAGAAGGACCUCUUCUGGAACCUAUGUUAUUGCAAAGAUAAAAAAGAAAGAAGAAGGCACAUAUAUAUUACUGAAUGGUAGCGGGGCUACACCAGAAGGAAAUAUUCCAUUUCUUGAUUUGUUUGAGAUAACCACCGGUGCAAAAGAACGCAUAUGGGAAAGUGACAAGGAGAAGUACUAUGAAACUGUUGUUGCUUUGAUGUCUGAUCAACCUGAUGGUGAUCUCGAUCUUGAUCAGCUUAAAAUUCUGACCUCGAAGGAGUCAAAAACAGAAAACCCUCAGUAUUACCUGGAGUGCUUGCCUAAUAAAGAAGUCAAAAUCACAAAUUUUCCCCAUCCAUAUCCUCAGCUUUCUAAUCUACAAAAAGAGAUGAUCAGAUAUCAGCGUAAAGAUGGCGUUCAACUUACUGCUACUCUAUAUCUGCCUCCAAAUUAUAAUCCCUCAAAGGAUGGGACACUUCCAUGUCUGAUAUGGUCUUAUCCUGGAGAAUUUAAGAGUAAAGAUGCAGCUGGACAAGUUCGUGGUUCUCCAAAUGAAUUUGCAGGGAUAGGCCCAACAUCGCCCCUUCUGUGGUUAGCUAGAGGGUUUGCUAUCUUAUCUGGACCCACAAUACCAAUAAUUGGAGAGGGUGAUGAAGAGGCAAAUGACAGGUAUGUAGAACAACUGGUUGCCAGUGCAGAGGCCGCAGUUAAUGAAGUUAUACGCCGAGGGGUGGCACAUCCCAAUAAAAUAGCAGUUGGAGGUCAUUCUUAUGGUGCAUUCAUGACUGCCAACCUACUAGCCCAUGCUCCUCACCUCUUUAGCUGUGGGAUUGCUCGCUCUGGUGCCUAUAAUAGAACACUCACUCCUUUUGGUUUUCAGAAUGAAGAGAGAACCCUUUGGGAAGCGACAAAUAUAUAUGUUGAAAUGAGCCCCUUCAUUGCUGCAAAUAAAAUCAAGAAGCCUAUUCUAUUAAUCCAUGGAGAGGAAGACAACAACCCAGGGACGCUCACAAUGCAGUCGGAUCGCUUUUUCAAUGCUCUAAAAGGGCAUGGGGCCUUAUGCCGGCUCGUGGUUCUCCCCUUUGAGAGUCAUGGUUAUAGUGCCAGAGAGAGCAUCAUGCAUGUCCUUUGGGAAACUGACAGAUGGCUUCAAAAGUUCUGCAUAAAUGCUCCUGAUACUGUUUCGGAUAUCAAUACUUCUAAAGUUGAUGAAAGCCAAAAGGUUGAUGAUUCUGAAGUUGAAGUGGUUUCAGCAACUGGAGGAGGCGAGUCAGAGACAGCAGGACUAGCACACGAGGUCCUCAAUUUGUUACGGAGGUCAUUUUUGUGAUAAUUUCCCAUCUGAUUAUUUUCAACUCUGUUAAUACAUAACAUGUUAACCUGCUUAUUCAGAAUAUACCAAAUGGGGUGUUAUCUAGUUUGCAGCAGGGAAUUAUUGGAUGUAUUACAAUUUCAAAUAAAAAGAUUUAGAUGGCCUAUAUAGUGA